AUGGCGACCCCAACGUCGUCGGCCGACGAACCGAGAUUAAUUGUCGGAGUUGACUAUGGGACAACGUUCACCGGCGUUGCCCACGGUCACACCGGCUCCAAAACCGUCGAAUCCAUCCAAGUUGUUAAUUCAUGGCCGGGGCAAGGCAAUACAAAUGAAGACAAGACCCCUUCUCAAAUCGCAUAUGGAUCAGGAGACGAUUUCCCAAAUGGCUUCAGAUGGGGCUCUGAUAUACCUAUUGACAAAAACCUUGUUCGUCAUGUCUGGGUUAAGCUUUUGCUUAAUUCGCCCUCGACGGCAAAUGAUGGUGCCAACAUGAAUGCCGACCCUACCUUCGCGAACAAGCCAACCAUAAAGCCCCCAUCUGGUUAUAUGGCCUUGCCUCCUGGUAAAACGGCUAUAGAUGUUGUUUCAGACUAUUUAUCGGGGGUAUAUGCUCACACACUCGUUCGAUUAUCCCAACACUAUGGGAAGGAGUAUGUCGAUGUGACACCGAUAGAAUUUGUCCUAACAGUCCCUGCGAUCUGGAGUGACAAAGCGAGGAACUUGACGAAGGAGGCAGCGAAACGAGCCGGAUUUGCUUCUCGAAAGGAUGAUAGGAUCAAGCUCGUCAGCGAGCCAGAAGCCGCUGCGAUUUAUACAAUUAAAUCCACUUUUGACUCGACAAGGAACGCUAGCCAAUUGCAGGUUGGCGACUCCUUUGUAAUGGUCGAUGCUGGUGGCGGUACUGUGGAUUUGAUCACUUACGAAGUUGUUCAAACGGAACCCGAACUCAAAAUCGCGGAGAAGGUUGUCGGAAGCGGUGGAAACUGUGGCAGUACUUUCAUCGAUUCUCACUUCCAAGAAUUACUACGAAAGCGGCUCGCAGAUGCAGGGUCAGGAGCUAUCCCACUCUCGAAACGGGGACCAGGCAGUAAACUUAUGAAAGAAUUCGAAACUGUGAAACGAGCUUAUGGUUCCGGCGACCCUCCAAACACGAAGCCGCGAUACCUUACUCUAAAUGUUCAAGAUAAUCCAAAGGCGAAAAUCGAGGACGGAGAAUUCGAACUCUCAGACGAAGAAAUUAAGGAAACCUUCCGACCGAUCGUUGACGAGAUCAUCGCUCUCGUCAAUGGCCAAAUAACCGAAGUCUACAAACAGGGCGGAAAGGUCAAGCAUAUUUUGCUUGUAGGAGGCUUCGGGGAGUCCGAUUAUUUAUAUAAAACAUUAUCUAAAUUUGCUUGGGGUCCGUUCGGUCAGAUCGAUGUAAUCCGCCCAGCUUCUGCCUGGUCAGCUGUUGCUAGAGGCGCGGUUCUGUGGGGAUUGCAGGGCGAUCUUGUCGUCGAUAAGAGAAGAUGUCGAAGGCAUUACGGAACCGAAUUACUGAAGCACUUCGACCCAAUGAUUCACUCUGAGCUUGAUGCCAUGAUCUCAACUUUCAGCGGCUUGAAGAUGGCGAAGAAUCAAAUAAGUUGGAUUAUCAAUAGAGGAGAUAAUACGGACAGUAAUAAACGUUUCCGCCUAUCGUGCGUCACGUCAUUCAACCGGGGCGAGAAACUCAUUCACACUACACAGCUCGUUGCUUGCGACUCUGAUGAACCGGCGAAUAACUUGAGGGACAAAGAGGUUUACGAUCUUUGUCUUCUGACAGCUGAUCUCUCCGAGGUCCCAGAGAGAGAAUUUGACGAAUGUCAGAUCGGAAACAAUACAUUCUUGAGAGCAGAAUUCUCCAUCGAGAUGACUUUCCUUCCUGCCGAUAUUCGGUUCGAAACAUGGUUCAAGGGUAAAUGUUAUGGUGCUUUGUACCAGGACGAAGCCGACCUUCUCAAGAUCAAGAAUCUCGAUCUGAAUGCUCUAUGGAGCGGGAAGAAUGAAACAAGGGAGACAUCGAGAGUGGAGAAGAACAAAUUCCAGCAAGCUUUGGAUGAGGGAACCGACCCAGAUCACUUAACGGAUGAGACAGUCCGGUAUUGGAGUGACUUCAACCGACUAUUUUACCAUCCUCGAUCGUCGAUUCAGUAUAAUGAAUACGAACAUGCGAACCCGUUAACCCCCUUCGAUUCUUUCGAUCUAGGCUCCCAGCUAUUCGAGUCUUCCGACAAGGAGGAGGAUAUCCUCGAUAGACAAUUUCGAGUCUUUGCCGAAGAAUGCGACCUGAUGCAAGGAUUACAAGUCUUGACAACGGUUGACGAUGCAUGGGGUGGAUUUGCAACAAGUUACUUGAACAACCUUCGAGACGAGUAUCCAAAGACCACUAUUUGGACAUGGGCUUUGGAACGGUCAAAAAAUUCAACCAGGGACCGUGUGUUGUCGAGGACUGCUGCUUCUAUUCAGUCGUUAAUCGGGAUGUUACCCUCUUGCACAACAUACAUCCCAAUCAACAUCCCACGGCCUUCGCUGAAACUGCCUGGUUAUGUAAAGGGGUAUGAACCGACAUCCUCGUGGAGGACUUCGGCGUUGAUAGCUGCAGCGUUGGAAACAAGCAUUCUGCCCAGCAGACUAAAGGCUGCAGGUUCACGGAGAACCCUAGCAGAAGUUUCAACGCUGCUUAAUGCGAAUGGGAACCAGCAGAUAUCAACUCUCCGUCUCAACGCUCUGAGCGAAAAUCCUGCAAAAAGCAAGACUGCAGAUCCUAUAAAAUUUUUCACCGACCCGGUCGACCUUUCCUGGGGAGGGACGGAAAAGCAUAUCUUCGCAGGGCUUGAAGUCCUCCGAGGAAUAGAGAAGAGCCACGACAGUCUCCAGAAUCCUGAUGAAACCAUAAAAGACUCAAGAGAAAGUCAAUGUUACUCGGAUUUACGAUUUCCAACGCUAUCGAGUUUCCCCGAUAUAUUUGAGGAACAGAACAAUCCUGAUAAAGGGUUAGGUUUGGGGACCGCAUUGAGAACAUCGUCGUCAGUUGUUGAGCACUUAAAAGCAUCACAGUCACUAGCGAAUCGUAUAAUUCCUAUGGAUGAACGCGAGACGAUAACUAAUGGAUUGGGAGAGUUGUAUGAGGCUUAUGAAGAGGGAUGGGAUAGCGAUUCUGAUGAUUUCUACGAUUAA